CUGGGGAGACAGAGUUGUUUGUAGUUUUAAGCCCGAGUUCGGUCCCACCACUCUCAGGAGAGGCAAGAGGGAGGGCAGAAGCCUGUAAUGGCCCGCGCUGACAGGGACUGAAUGGGACGACCCACUCCAGGGAGCAUCUGAUGGGAUUAGAACACUCUUUCCAGUUCAUUUUUCCCCACUAAUAAUAACUCCACUCAGUUCGCUCACGGUGUAGCAUCACAGAGGCGAGUGUACAACGAGAAUGACUGCUUUUUGUUAAAGACCUGACUUUGGCAGAUAAAGAAAACCCAGGGAGCUUUCCUAAAGGAUUCCGUUUUGUAAGUUUCCAACAUCAUCCAGAAGUAUUCAAGCUUGUUUAAUAGCAAACAGGAGAGGAGGAGAGAGGAGAAAAAAAUCCUUGUUCCUGGGGUCUUGUUGUAAGCUAGAAUGAGAAUGAGAUGACAGCUGACAUUGUCUUCAGACCCUUCACCUUCCCCCUUCCUGAAACGUUCCGCCUGCUCUUUCUGUGAUUUGGGUUUUGACAGUAAAGAUUUUGCCUUUUUAGGCUUCUCAUCGUCCACACACGUGUACACAUGCAUUCUGAGGGGUCUCCACACUUACAUCUGGAACUGAAAAGUGAAAUCGGACUUUUUCUUUGAUGCACCUCCCAGCCUGAACAGGACUGUGGUCAUCUUUAUUUUUACUCCUACCGACUGUGACUGGGGCGCUUGCAUGUUUCUGUUUUGCAUCUUCUGGUUGCUUUGCAUUUGCUGCUCUCGCUUCACAUUUUCCUGUACCUUCCGCUCAGUGAAACUUGUCUCCUAGUUGCCAGAAGUGUGGACUGAGAUCACACUCAGGAAUUGGGACUGAUUGAAGAUCCAUGACUCUAUGGAGGCACUGGUUAUGCCACAGAGGUUCCGCUUCACUGUCCCCCUCCCAGAGAUGCUUCUCCGGUGAAUUUCCACGCUCAGCCCAAAUCCUCUUGAACCUGCAGCUGACAUGAUGAACAAAGACUCCCGCUUUUCUCGGAAGACGCACGGCAGCUUCUCCACACGCAGGCACUCCUGCAUCGGUUUUGAUGUGGAGAAUGGAUUAUCAGUGGCACGCAGCCCCCUGGAUGCCCAGAGCAGCUCCAGCUCUGGUCUGGUCCUCCAGGCCAACUAUCCUCAUAGUCAGAGACGGGAAUCCUUCCUGUACCGCUCUGACUCUGACUUUGACCUUUCACCUAAAGGUCCCUCCAGGAACCUGUCAUCAGCCAGUGAUCUGGAAGAAAGCUUGAAGCACUGGGAGGUCAACUGGUUGUCGUCUCGACACUCAGAAGACAUGAUUGUCACACCAUUUGCACAGGUCCUCGCCAGCUUGAGGACAGUUCGAAGUAAUUUUGCCCUCAUAACUGGACAGCAAGACAGAGCAGCCAGCAAGACGCGCUCCUCAGGAAGCAACCCACCCUCAAUGUGUAAGACCAGUCUUGCAGAGGAGCCUCACCAGCAGCUGGCCAUAGAGACUCUGGACGAGCUGGACUGGUGUCUGGAUCAACUAGACACGCUGAAAACUCGACACUCUGUCAGCGAGAUGGCUUCCAACAAGUUCAAGAGAAUGCUGAACCGAGAGCUCAGUCAGCUGUCAGAGACCAGCCGCUCUGGGAACCAGGUGUCUGAGUUCAUCUCCAGCACAUUUCUUGAGAAGCCAGAUGACAUGGACAUUAUCUCUCCUCCUACCAAGGAGAAAGACAAAAAGAAACGUCCCAUGUCCCAGAUCAGUGGUGUCAAAAAGGCUACCCACAGCCUUGUUCCCUCCACCAUCCCUCGAUUUGGGGUCAACGCCAGUCAGGAGGAGUUCCUCGCAAAGGAGCUUGAGGAUGUUGACAGAUGGGGACUAGACAUCUUCAAGGUUGCAGAGUACUCUGGAAAACGCCCAUUGACAGUCACAAUGUACACAAUCUUUCAGGAACGUGAUUUGCUGAAAACAUUCAAGAUUCCUGCAGACCAUUUUAUUAACUUCAUGAUGACACUGGAGGAUCAUUACCGCUCUGACGUUUCUUACCAUAACAACAUCCACGCUGCAGAUGUGGUGCAGUCCACGCACGUGCUGCUGUCCACCCCUGCUCUAGAGGCCGUAUUUACUGAUCUGGAGAUACUGGCUGCACUGUUUGCCAGCUCCAUCCAUGAUGUGGAUCAUCCUGGAGUUUCCAACCAGUUUCUCAUCAACACCAACUCUGAGCUGGCCUUGAUGUACAAUGAUCUGUCAGUGCUGGAGAACCAUCACCUGGCUGUGGGUUUUAAGCUUCUGCAGGAAGAUAAGUGUGACAUCUUCCAGAACCUGAGCAAAAAACAGAGACAGUCUCUGCGCAAGAUGGUCAUCGACAUGGUGCUGGCCACUGACAUGUCAAAACACAUGAACCUAUUAGCAGACUUAAAAACCAUGGUGGAGACAAAGAAAGUAACCAAUCUGGGUGUUCUCCUGCUAGACAACUAUUCAGAUCGCAUACAGGUUCUUCAGAACAUGGUGCACUGCGCGGACCUGAGCAAUCCCACCAAACCCCUUGAACUGUACCGUAAGUGGACUGACCGCAUCAUGGUGGAGUUCUUCACUCAGGGAGACAGGGAGAGAGACAAAGGAAUGGAGAUCAGCCCCAUGUGUGACAAACACAACGCCUCCAUAGAGAAGAACCAGGUGGGCUUCAUUGACUACAUCGUCCAUCCGCUCUGGGAGACGUGGGCUGACCUGGUGCACCCUGAUGCUCAGGAGAUCUUGGACACGCUGGAGGACAACAGAGAGUGGUACCAGAGCAUGAUCCCCCGCAGUCCCUCGCCCAGGCCCCACGGCCAGGGAGGGAGGGGCUCUCUGGAGGAAGCCUCAGAACCUGGCGAGGGACCGGGUUCCAUGACAACUGAGAAGUUCCAGUUUGUGCUGACUUUAGAGGAAGAGGGUGAGUCUGACACGGAGGGCUCACCAAGAGAGGAGAAGGGUAGCAGGAGCCUAACCAAACACAGUGGUGCGUUUGAUUCUGGAUCCAUACCGACUCGACGGCUCAACAAGAUCCUCACCAGUGACUCAGGCAGGACAUUUUCUCUGGACUCUGAGAAGGAUAUGGCAGAAGACAGAGAAACAGACCCAGCAGGCCCUUCUGUGGUCCCGCGUUUCAGACUCGGCACAUAGCACCAGCCACAAGCGUCUCCUCCUCAGACCUUCUUUGUUUCACUCAGAUUGAUAUCAGUGCCUUGUCCUCUGUCACUUCACUUCACUUCAAACGGAUGCCAUCCUUCUCCAAGUCUACCCCAACAGGGUGACAGUGUGAAGUUACUGAAGUGCAGAUAUUUGUGUGGAGGGUGAGGAUGGUUCGUUGCACUGAAAAAAACACUGACAGGUUCGAACACUGCUCCAUGAAAGACACAAAACAACUUUCCUACCUGUCUGUUGUCUUCUUUGUUUUCAUAUGAGGACAAGAAGUAAAAGAAAACAGGCUCUACCAGUCAGUCAAAGGUCUAAAACUAAAGACUGAGGUGUUUUCUGAGAAUUUGUGAUGAAACUGAGAAAGUGAUGAAGCACUAUAAAAAAGGUCAUUUCAUAGUUGUUGCCAUGCAGAUUAGAAGGAGAGUGCUAUUCUGCCUGAUUUUUAUCAGGAGGUUGUAGCGUAUUCUUCUCUCUUAUCUCCAUUUAUUCUCUAUUUGAAUAGUAAGUAAAAACAGAACAAAGAGGAAUAAAGUUAUUGGAGUAAAACGACAUGUAUGCAGACUAAUAUGUGUAAUAUGAACUAAAUGUAGCAUGUUUUGAUUGACUACUUCACUGUUACUAUACUGGCACACCAACACUUGUUUUUGUUGAGAUGCAGCGUGCUUUCUGUUGUGUUCAUCAGACAGGUAUAAUGUUUUUUGUUCCCCCCCCCCUUUUUAUAAUCCUAAAGUAGCACAUUUUCUUUCAGAAUUAAGAAACAAAGCCUGCAUCAUAGCUGGGCUGUUCAGGAAUUCCACCCAAAGAGUUUCAGGGAGGGCAGAUGCUGCCUUCUACUGUUGAAAAUACAGAAAUGAUUGUCUGGUACUGAGGCAGAGUUUUCCAUUCAAACUGUAUCAGGAGUUUUCUUGCACAGUUUUUGUUAUUUCUGCUCCUACAAAAUUUUGCAUUCAAGAUGUUUGGCUCAUAAUGAGUUUUUAUGUGGAUUUUAUUACACUGGUAAAGCUCUGUUAGUGAUUUUUAGGGGUUUAAGCAAAAAAUGACAUCUGUUUUAUGACAAAGCGUGAUCAGUACAGAUGUCAAGCAGAAACUACCAAAAAAUGACAAACUUUGAAUACUUUUAGCACUACAUUCACAUCCAUUUUAGUCAGACAUCAGUUCGAUGACUGGGUUUUUAAACGACUCAACAAAUAGGAUCAAUGUAGCUACAAAAACCCAGGGGGUUACCAACGGAGAGUUGCCUAUGCCACAUUUUUCCUCUUUUUUUCCCUCUCACAGGUCAAUAUUUUGCUCUUUGGAGGGAAGCGAUCAAUGCCACCAAACAAGUGCCAAGCAAGCAUGACACAAGUAGUACUGUACUUUCCAUUUUGCCACCGGCUACUUUCCAUCAGCAGCUGAUAAAGCUGGUUGAUUGUAGCGCUUUGUGUGCCAACCGGACCGUAGUGUCUGUGGUCAUUUUGUUCUAACUAAUAUUCAGAUCACUGAAUCUGAUGUUGUCUUAAAACAGUCUUUUUUGUGAUUGAGUGAUUGGGUUGACUUUUUGUUGUUCUUAAAACAGUUGCACUUUGAAUGGUACUUUUACAGUUCUGCACUUCCAGUGCACUUAAACAUGUAUAACAUGACUGUGUUACUGUUUUUGUCUGUUAUAGUUGGUGGUUUAAUUGCAAGGGCUGGACCACUACAUGUGUUAUAGUGUUAAUGGUGUCAUAGGGACUUCUUUGAAGAACUGUAGAAAAAAGAAUUGUGUUAAGUUGAAAUGUGCAACUUUGUCUGAAGGAUUCAAAACACAUGAAGAGCUCAUUAUAGAUUACUUAAGAAUUAGGAUUGUGUUACAUUUGUUUUAUUUUAUUACCAUUUAAAAGAGUAAGUUAUGUUUUAAUGUUUGAAUAAGCUACAAGUUUCUAUUGAAGCCUUAUUGUAAUUUGAUACUUUAUUUUUCUGGUUAAAUAUAUUCUCUGUCUGCAAAUACUGAACAACGCCAAACCCUCCAACUCUCAAGGGUGCCUUCAACACUAAAGACUAUUUAACAUAACUUUAACCAGCACACCAAUAUGCAAUGAUUAUACCUGUCUUCUUUCUUAGUGAUUUUGUAUUUUCCUCUUAGAGAUCCAUGUGCAAUGUAUUUUUUCUGUGCUAGUUGUAAGCACAGUGAGGUGAAUGGACAGUGCCUUUAUAAAGGCUUAUGUGCAUUCAAGUUGAAUGAGACAAACUGUGACUAUUAUUCAGAUUUUGUUUUCUCUCAUUUCUUUUGAAUCUGCUAAUAGUACAACUUUUUUUUUUCUUGCAAAAUCUUUGCUUUUUCUGCAGAUGUGAGUGUGUGACAAGAUAUUCUCCUGUGUUUUCUGAAGCAUCUCAGGCCUGUCUUUCUGUUUGCCCUGAGCUCACCAUAUGGUUUAUGAUAACCAUGCAGUAUUUGUGCUGAUUAGAGACCUCAGUUCACCAUGAAGAUAGAAACAUACAGUAGUCUGUGACCUGUGUUUAUGCACAGAUCAUAAAUUAUAUGAUGAGAUGCUGCAGCUUUGACAAUCCAAACUCUGCUGUUUAACUCUGGGUGUGUUACUCCUCCUCCCGACUACAACUUUCCAAUAAAGACAAAACCUCUUUAAAGACA